AUGUCCCAAGCAGGCCAGUUCCCAGAGGCCUCGAUCCUGAACAAAUUCCUCCUUAAAGGGAAGAACAUCGUCAUCACCGGUGGCUCGCGCGGCCUAGGCUUCAACUUCGCCUACACGCUGGCCCAAGUCGGGGCCAAUAUCGCGGUGAUCGACCUCAAUGAGCACCCGUCCGAGGACAUGGCCAAGCUGGAACCCUUUGGCGGGAAGUACAAAUACUACCGGGCCGACGUGGUAGACUACCAGCUCAUACCGGCGGCGGGAAUCAUUCGCGACAAGCCGUUCCUGGAACACACGGAGAAGGAUUUCAGAGACACCAUGGACGUUAACGUGAACGGAGUAUUUUAUACCGUGCAACACUGCACGGCGAAAAUGGUGCAGCAAGGGACCGGCGGCACAGUCGUCUGCAUAGCCUCAACGGCAGGCCACAAGUCGUUGGCGCCGCAGGAAAUCGCAGCGUACACGGCGUCGAAAUACGCCGUCCGAGGCAUCGCGAAGCACGUCGCGCACGAGCUGGCCAAAUAUGGCAUUCGUGUCAACUCUAUCAGUCCAGGGUAA